CCAUCUUCGCCGCUGUUUAAGGUCUUUUCGCCUCUUCUGUGAGCUGGUCCACAAACCGUGACAUGCCCCCCUUUCCAGUGCUGGCCUCGACCAGGGCGUCCUGACCACGCGGACCCCCGUGCAGAUUCUUCGGCUAUGCUCGAUUUAACUGGUAGAUCGUCCUCGAGGAACUUUUGUGUCGCGUCGCUUGUCCUUGCCUUUUGUUUUUGAAAAUAUUUCAACGCUCAUACGACGAGUAUGACGGACUCUUCGCAAGCAAAGACACCGGGUUAAACUGUGAGCCCUGUGCCCGCAUGCCCUCACUUCCCUGGUGAACACCGUUUCCGCGCCUGUUGGGCUAGUUUGUUCUGCAGGUGCUUCCGUUUUUUGUCUCCUUUCCCCUACUCUGAUCAGUUUCCAUCGUCUCGUGGAUGCACAUACCCUCUGUCGCGCGGUUUGGGUAUCCCCUAUAGGUCUUGGAUUCAGAGGACCGUGGCCGAUUCGCCAGGCGGCGACGUGCCUGACCCCGCCGCUCUGUUCCGUUCCACUGCCUAUGGUCUUCAGAGGAACAAGAGCAGCGAACAACCACGGACUUCGACACAUCAUACAAUUCUCUUCUCGGUGGUUCCCCUCUUCGUUCCUCACAGCGUGGCUCUGUGCUCUCCCGGGCCUCAACCACCUGCGAAACUCUCCAGUCAUCUGUGGGUUGCCCGCCUGUUUCUUCGGAAACUGCAGUCGGGAAGAAUGCCACUAACAGGUUCGGACUGAGGGUAUGAACUGAGCGGCGCGGCUCUCUCACUGCUAAAAGGGGGUCUGAGUUCCGUCGCACUAACUCUCUCAUCUGUCUCCGCUGCGUCUUCGUCGCCAGGCACUGCGACUCUCCUUUCGUCUGCCACGAAUGACGAAAACAGUGCGUUGUCUUGCGAGAUUCACAGUCCAAGGCGACUAACAUAUCACUCGUUCCAGGGUGUACACAGCAGCUGGCCUUGUCUGUCUAGUCUGCGUCGUUCGCCUUUUCUUCUGUCUCGUGAAAUGCCGACCUUCUGCUCGACGUUUCCUGCUCGUCUCGCCAUUCCACGCCUCCUCGCGGUUCUUCUUCUUCUGGGGCUGUGGCAUGGUCGCGCUCCUGAGCUGCCGACUGUCUCUGCGGCUUCUGAGCGCCAUGGCGGAGCCGCGUCGACAGGCCUCGCCGACGAGGCGAGAGCUGCGCUGACCGGUGCAAAAUCUGGCGAUGAAGUCCGUGCGCCUGCUGUAGAGGAUGUCGUACGCACUCCGCCGUCCGGGCACUCAAGUGAACUCGAACUCGAUAAAGACAAUGCCGCAAAUGGACGGCUCCCAAGUGGCUCUGUGGAGGAAGGCGAAACCACCUCGGACGGCGAAGCGAACAGAGACGUGGACAGUUACGCUGCUACUCGCUUCGAGUCACAAGGGACCUCUUCCGAGUCUCUUGUCUCCAGCGCUGGGUCUAUGGCACGUCGCCUUCACCCCUGGUACAAUCUUGAUGACCUGAAGAGCUAUUUACCUGCAACUUUCAAAGAGGACGCAGAGUCCGAUGGAUCUACCAGAAAGUCUCGUCGUUCGCGGAAACGCAAGUCUGAGACCGAGGACAACUCUGCUGCCGAUGAGUCUGAACCAUCUAAACGCAAGAAACGUAGCCUCGAAAAGGAAGACGGCGCUACCAGUAAAGACAAGAAGUCUCGCCAUGCCAAGAGCCGCAAGUCCCCCUCACCUGACGACAAGUCUGUAAAAUCCAAGUCUAAAUCGUCGAGACGCAAGAAACGUGAUGGCGACAAGGAAGACAGCGCCGCGAAGGAGAAAGGGAAGAAAUCUCGUCGGUCGAAGAGUGAGGAGUCGUCCACGUCUGAGGACAACUCUAUCGCCUCAAAGGCGAAGACCUCUAAAGACAAGGAGCGUGAUGGCGACACGAAGGAGAGCGCCGCGAAGGAGAAAAAGAAGAAAUCUCGACGGUCGAGGAGAAAGAAGCAUUCCACGACUAAGGGCAAAUCUAUCGCCUCAAAGUCGAAGUCCUCUAAAGACAAGAAGCGUGAUGGCGACACGAAGGAGAGCGCCGCGAAGGAGAAAAAGAAGAAAUCUCGACGGUCGAGGAGAAAGAAGCAUUCCACGACUAAGGGCAAAUCUAUCGCCUCAAGGUCGAAGUCCUCUAAAGACAAGGAGCGUGAUGGCGACACGAAGGAGAGCGCCGCGAAGGAGAAAAAGAAGAAAUCUCGACGGUCGAGGAGAAAGAAGCAUUCCACGACUAAGGACAAAUCUAUCGCCUCAAAGUCGAAGUCCUCUAGACACAAGGAGCGCGAUGGCGACAAGGAAGAUAGCGGACAGGAGGAGAAAAGCAAGAGGUCUCGUCGGUCGAGAAGUGAGGAGUCUUCCACGUCUGAGGACAGCUCUAUCGCCUCAAGGUCGAAGUCCUCUAGACACAAGGAGCGUGAUGGCGACAAGGAAGAUAGCGGACAGGAGGAGAAAAGCAAGAAGUCUCGUCGGUCGAGAAGUGAGGAGUCUUCCACGUCUGAGGACAGCUCUAUCGCCUCAAGGUCGAAGUCCUCUAGACACAAGGAGCGUGAUGGCGACAAGGAAGACAGCGGACGGAAGGGGAAAAGCAAGAAGUCUCGUCGGUCGAGAAGUGAGGAGUCUUCCACGUCUGAGGACAGCUCUAUCGCCUCAAGGUCGAGGUCAUCUGAGAGUGGGAAGAAACGCAAGAGCAGGAGAGAAAGAAGCUUUUCAAAAAAGAAGAAGAGCAAGAAGUCUCGCAGGUCGAAGAGACGCAGGUCUGAGGAAGCCUCAGACAGCCAUCGGUUUUCCGAUUCUCUCAUCAACUCUCCUAUUUUUUCACUGGAAAAUGUGCCUCGCGCAGAGGUGUCGGCUCUGGAUGCUCGCGACGCGAUUCGGCUCACAGUUCGUCAGCUGAUUGAGAGCCCCGAGACUCGGCUGGAAGAUGUCGAGGCGCUUGUGCGUCACGCCGGGCCUGUCAUUGAACAAGAUGAAGAGCUGGUGAAUGCCGUGCUCGCGAAAGUCGUUGCAGAGACUUCAGCUGCCACUGCUCGAUUGCACGACGCCAGUGAAGUGCUCGAAGCUGCCGGAGAGCAACCGAAGGAACAGGAACAGGGACGCGAAGACCAGCUUUCGACACAGCAAGACGCCGGCGCUCAGGGCCAGGAGAAUUCAGAUGCCACAGCGCAGAUAGGCAACACACAAGAGGCAGCGGCCGAGACACAGGCCGAAACAGCGGCCGAGACACAGGCCGAGACAGCGGCCGAGACACAGGCCGAGACAGCGGCCGAGACACAGGCCGAGACAGCGGCCAAAGAAGACAGCAAACUGGAAGGAGUGGUGAACAUGCAAGAACCCGAAACGGAGACGACGUUCGUGAUGGUACCGCAACCGAACUCCAAUGGCCACAGGGACGACGACAGCAACGAGUCGAGCAUAUCAGCCAGAGACCCGCAACAGAAACUUAUCGUUCACUACUCGGGAGGUCACGUCACGUCCUACGCGGCCUCGAUGGUUGGUCGCCGCCCCACCGACGAAGAUGCGCUGUUGGUGAACUUCCAGUUGCCGAACAUCCCAGGAAAUUGCCUGACCGCGCUGUUCGACGGUCACGGAGGCUCUGAAGUCUCGUUUUUUGUUGCGCACAACGCUCCGCAGUUUUUCGAAAAGCUGACGAAUCUAGAGCCACAGACGAUCGAGAACGCAAUCAAAUCUUUGGACUCUGCGGUGAUCAAGUUACCGGAGCUUCGUCAUGCAGGGACAACAGGUGUCUUCGUCUUCAUUGAGCGUCUGCACACACCUAAGAAGGUCCUUGCAGUGGGCCGCGAAAUUCAUCCCCUUUUGGAUCAAGUCGAAGAGAACGACGAGGAAGAGAUCCGAUUUCAGCCUCUGGAGAACCUCAUUUGCGAGGACGAGGCGCUGCUGGCAUCGCGGCUCAACUUGCCCGCCAAGGACUGUCCAGCGCCACCGAAAAACAGAGUCAUCACCAUUGGAGAAGACAAAAAAUUGUUCCAGCUGACUGUCGCGAACGUUGGUGACUCGCGAGCCAUGCUCAUCCACGAGGAUGGAACCUACACGCGACUGUCGAGGGACCACACGCCCAGCGCUGCGGGCGAACAGCCGAGAAUUGAGAAGGCGGGCGGUUUUGUCGAGUACAGCGACACAUUCCGCGUCAACGGCGAGCUGUCCGUUUCGAGAGCGUUCGGCGAUAGAGAAAUGAAGGCGAAUCCCUACCUUUUUGCCGAUGGCCAGAUCAUAACGGCAAUACCGGAGAUUCGAACCUUCUAUGCCAAACCCUCUGAUCUGCUUCUUCUCGCCUGUGAUGGUCUCUUUGAAGGGGAAAACAUGACUCCGGGUUUCAUUGCACGAUACAUUCACGAACGAAGAAGAACAAUCAAACACGAUGACGACUACGAACAUCUCGUGUCGUCGCUGCUCGACGAAGCAUACAUCCGAGGAUCCGAGGACAACAUAAGCGCAAUUCUUACGCGUGUGCGCGAGCCUUACUCCACGCAUGCCUCCCAGGGGUUCUCAAUCGUCAAUGGAGCAGGGAUGUUGCUCCAGAGUGGGCGCGGCAGCUACGCUCUCGCGACGGAAGGGGAUUCUGCGACCGAAAGCGUGGAAGACUAACGGGUGUCGUGAAAGCGCUCGGACGCGCGUAUCACGAAGGCAACAGACGAUGUGUUUGCAAGCCGGGGACCGGCGAUGCUCACGUUGCCAUCUAGAAUGGAGAGGCCCUUAUGCGUGUCUUUGCGGCAAGGAGUUCAAAUGGAGAAUGUUCUGCGCUUCCCUGGCAUCGUUAUGUCUAUUUGCAUACGAGAACGCCACCUCUGGUUUUUGUGAAUGGACAACAUAAAAUGGCGAGGCAAGCGACGGUGUGAACUUAGAAGGUUGUACGCUGGAUACCCUGUUCCUUCGUCGGUUGUGUGUCGGAAACAGAACGACGGAAGCGAGCAAGAUGCAGGCGACGGAGAAGCAGCCUUGUUUGUCGGCAGACAGGCUGGGUUCCACUCACGGGCUCGCUCGGCUUCCAGGCACGGCGUUCUGGAAGAAAAACAGGAACAGGCGCACAGUUGAUUUUGAUGGUCUCUCUUGCCCAGGACAGCAUCGCAAUGACUACUGGAUACCUUUGUUGAAACGGCGCCUUUCGUUUGUGUGGUCCACGGUGGAACUGGGACUGGGGAAACUUAGAUCUCAAUUCGUUUUCGGAUACUCAUGUGAUUCCCCUGUCUCAAGUUUUCAAAAGCCGGUCCCUCUCUGUGGACUCCGGCGCGCCGCAAUAGGGCGUACUCGUAGAGAAGUGCAGACAAGGGCAUGUGGGAGUCUUUUUACUUCUGUCAUUUUGUGUGGUGGAUGCAAGUGUGGGCACCGUUCGCUAGGGAAAUCUGAACGAUGAUUUGUUGAUCAUCGGGCCAGGCUGUCGCUCGCAGCCCUGUUCACCUGGAACGUUUGCUUGCCAGGUGACUCGCUCCCGACUGACAGUGAAGUCGAUCGUGCUGUGGGUGAAGCGUCUGUUCGUCUGCCUUUCGACUUCCGUCGGAAACGGCACAAGCUAUUGCAGUGUUUAACGUAGUUCCAUCCAAAGCCAGCGGCGCGUUAAUAUAUUUGUCAUCAAAAUGUCAAUGAAAUAUCAGUAACGAUGAAACUUAAUUUAUUAGCAUAACAACACAGAAGAAUAAGCCGCCGUACGUUUAAACUUCACAGUGAAUACACUUUAAUGUUACAACUUCCUUCAGACAAUGGGAGCGAAGAUAAUUGAGGAUGGAACUCCAUUCAUGGAACUCGGAAAAAGCUUUCGCGCUACCUGCAGUGCCUGUCGAGUCGCUCAAGGAAGUUGUGAUGCCGCUCAUGAUUCAAGGGAUGUAAAGGUGUCUUCGUUCAUUCGAUGAGUUCUACCAAUGUGAACACAUAUUAUCAUCGAAUAUAACAGCAUGCUCCUGAAUGCAACGGAACACUCUGCAAACACAGGACUCCUUGAGCCACAGAGAAUAGUCAAGUAGGUGCAAACCAUACAAGGGCCAAUUAUGUCCAUCGUUGCUUCCAAGUCGAUACUUGGUACAUGAC